CAGCUUCUGUUGAGUAUAUGAAUAACGUUGAGCACGCAAGCGCCAAACGCAAUUUACAACAUGGCGGAACGCAGGAAAAGCAGGAAGCGCAAAGAUGAAAUAUCCAAUGUAGAUAAUGAUGUUGUUCAAGAAAAGCCAUCCAAAGAAGAAUAUGCAGUAGCUGAAUGGAUACGUAACAAUGUACCAUCCAAAAAGACAAAGUUUGAUAGAAAUCAUAAUGUUGAAUACUUUACUGGCACACGUGCAGUGGAUGCUCUACUGGAAAAUUCACCAUGGAGCAAAACCAGAUUUGAGACACGUGAACAGGUUACAGAAUUCCUUGACUUGAUGUUGCGGCACAAAUUCUUUCAUAGAGCUAAGAAAGUAGUAAUUUCUGAAGAAGAGCUAUGUAAAAUACGCGGCAUAAAGAAAAAAGUUAAAGAUCCUAAGAAAGAAAAGAAAUCUGAAAAAGAAAAGGAAGAGACUAAAGAAAUUAAAGAUGCAACAGGUGGAAAAGAUAGUGAAGAUAAAACUGAGGAGAAAAAGAAAAAACCAAAAGUACGCCUAGAAAUGCAUAUGGAACAAUAUUUUGUUGAUUGCAAUGAUGCUUAUGUUUGGAUAUAUGAACCAAUUCCUAUAUACUACUGGUUCUUUGGAACAUUGGUAGUUUUAGGUGCAAUUGGUGUUUGUCUCUUCCCAUUAUGGCCCUUAACAAUCCGUCAUGGUGUAUAUUACAUAAGUGUUGCAGCAGCAGGAUUUCUUGUAUUCAUUUUGGCGUUAGCAAUUAUUAGAUUGAUCGUUUUCUGUCUUCUAUGGGUUCCAACACUUGGAAGAUGUCAUCUCUGGCUUUUGCCGAAUUUAACAGCAGAUGUCGGAUUCUUUGCUUCGUUUUGGCCACUUUACCAAUACGAAUACUAUGGUUCUACUGAAAGCAAUAAAAAAGCUAGCAAAAAGAAGAGAAAGAAAGAAAAAGAUUCCGAUACAGAGGACACAUCAUCAACAAAUUUAGAAGAGAAAUCUAGUACAAAAGAAUUAUCUAAAGAACAUACUCAAAUUGAAGAUAUCACAGUUAGCGAAGAAAAGAAACUUCCUUCAUCUGAUUUGGUAGAAGGUGAAGAAGGUAGCGAAGGUUCGGAAAGCGAAAAGUCUAAUACAGGUCGGGAUUUUGUGAUGCUUUAAAACAGGAACUCUUGGCAAUAAAUAGUUUCCCUUUAUCUCCAACAACUGCCGUGUUAAUCAAUGGCUGAUUCUCGUCAAUUCUGAUUAAAUGUAAUAUAAUUUUCGUACAUAAAUGAAGUAUUUAUGUGCCACUAUUACGUGCUCGAAACAUGUAUGACUUAUGUUGUUAGAAAGAGACAGGAUAUUAAUAACAGUCACAGCAAGAGAACGAAGCGGUAUAUAAAUUUUGCAAAUUUUAUUCGUUUAUCGCUUGUAUCCAAUAUCUUUGCAUUUCUUGCAUUUAGAAUGUUAUAGCCAAUUGAACAAGGAAAUCGUGUCUAUAUUUUAAAUAAAAGAAAUUUUUGUAAAACUGUGGUACGAGAUUAUACCACUGCUGAGAUUCCAGUUAAGUAUACAAUUUCUAUUUAAAUCAUUAUUAACCAGUGUUUUAGGUGUUUACACGAUACAAGAAAUUAUGUCGGAACGUAUGAUUACGUUGAUACAGGUGCCUGAGGUUUAUAUACUGUACACAGUCAAUUUAUAUUGUUUUAAUUACAUUGAAAUACAGUAUUUUGUUAGUAAUAAAUAAUAUAAAAUUUUCGUAAUAUGAUUUUCUCAGGCUCCAAAAAUGUACAAAAUUGGAUAAAUAGAAUCUCCGUGAACAAGUCUAAAAUUUAUUUCGAUCGAUUGUUACUCUGCCUGAGAGUUCCUUUUUAACAGCGAAAAGACUUGAUAUUUCACAGAUUUCAUAUAAUAAAUUGUAACUUAUAUUUUUAUGUAAAAAUUCCAACGGUAAUAGUUAUUAUUACUCUUAUUAUUAUUGUAACUAAUUAUAUUAUUAUUAUGGAGUAUCAUUUUGGAUCAUUGUAGGUACACGGAUCGUGAUUUUACCUAUAUUGAAAUAAAUCAUGAAAAAAAAACGUAUGGAAUGAUAAA